AUGCCCGAGGAAGAACGCCCUACAUCUGAAAUUGCCGUCACUUCUCAAGACCCCGAGCCAAAAGACGCCGACAAGCCCAAGAACGCUGGCGACAAGGGCAAGGGCAAGGAUGACGGCAAGGAGGAGACUGAGAUGAGUGAGGAGGACCAACAGCUGAAGGCGGAGCUGGAGAUGCUCGUCCAGCGUUUAAGAGAAUCCGACACCGGUCUUUACCAACCAGCCUUGGAGUCCCUCAGAACACUUAUUCGAACAUCCACUAGCUCCAUGACCUCCGUGCCCAAGCCCCUCAAGUUCUUGAGACCGUUCUACGAGGAGAUGACGACCAUCAGGGAAGGCUGGAGCGAUGAUUUGACGGAGCAGAAGUCUCUCCUCGCCUCUAUUCUUUCCGUCCUCGCUAUGACAUACUCGGACAGCGGCAAGCGCGAAACCCUCUGGUUCCGUGUCCAGUCUGGCUCUACAGAAGCACCCGGUCUCUGGGGCCACGAAUACGUCCGACACCUCGCUUCUGAACUCGGAGAAGAGUACGCUGCUACAUUCGCUGCCCUGGCAGAGGAUGCCGACAUUGCCGAGCCCAACUCCAAGUACACCACUCAGCAAUUGAAGGACCUCGCUCUCGAGCUCAUCCAAUUCUUCUUGCAACACAACGCAGAGGCGGAUGCGGUGGAUAUCUUGUUGGAGGUGGAGAGCAUUUCUGCGAUCACAGAGUAUGUGGACGACAAGACGUUUGAGAGGGUCUGCAGAUAUAUGGUCAGCUGUGUGCCGUUGCUUGUCGCCCCGGACAACAUUGCUUUCCUUGAGACUGCUUCCAUCAUCUACUCCAAGUACGACCGAUAUCCCGAGGCGUUGGCUCUUGCUGUACGACUCAACAACCCCGAGUUGAUCCGCAAGUACUACGAGGCUCCUCAAAAUCCCGUCAUGAAAAAGCAACUUUCGUACUUCCUCGCCCGCGCCCAAAUACCUCUUCACUGGGUCCACCGAGCUGAAGAUGCCGAGGGUGAUGAGUCCAUCCCCACGUUAUCAGACGAGGUUCUUGAGUGCCUUGGCAACGUCAAACUUGCCACCCACUUCAAGAACUUUGGCAAGGCCGUCGGUGUCGAGGAGCCCAAGUCUGUCGAUGACAUCUACAAGACCCACCUCGAACCUUCCAGCCGCAACACCACCCUCCCCGACUCUGCCCGUCAAAACCUUGCAUCUACGUUUGUCAAUGCCUUCGUCAACGCCGGUUUCGGUAACGACAAGCUUAUGGUGAACGCCCCCGAAGGCCAGAGCUGGAUCUACAAGAACAAGGAGCACGGUAUGAAGAGUGCUACUGCUUCCAUCGGUUUGAGCUUGCUUUGGGAUUCUGAGAACGGUAUCGACCAUAUCGACAAGUACUCUUACUCGGCCGAAGAGCACAUCAAGGCCGGUGCUUUCCUCGCCACUGGUAUCGUCCACGCCGGUAUCCGAUCCGAGACCGACAUUGCCUACGCCCUUCUCGAAGAACACGUAGACAGCAAGAGCAUCGAGCUCAAGGUCAGCGCCAUCAACGGUCUUGCCAUCGCGUACGCUGGGUCUCAGAGGCAAGACAUUGCCGACAAGCUCUUGCCGUAUGUCCAGGACGAGGCGACGCCCAUGGAGGUGACCUCUCAGGCUAUCUUGGCGCUUGGUUUCGUGUUUGUCGGGUCGUCCAAUGGUGAUCUGGCGAGUGAGAUCUUGCAGACUUUGAUGGAGAGGGAGGAGAGUCAGUUGGCGUCUGAGUGGACCGUCUUUGCUUGUUUGGGCCUCGGUUUGCUGUAUCUUUCCGCUCAGGAAGAAUCAGAACCCACCCUCGCCACUCUCAAAGCCAUCGAACACCCCGUCGCCCAGAUCGCCCAAACCAUCGUCGAAGCCUGUGCCGACGCUGGUACCGGCAACGUCCUCAAGAUCCAAGAGCUUCUCUACAUCUGCGGCGAGCACGCUGCCAAGAAGGAGGAGAAGAAGGAAGAGGCCGCGGCCGUCGCUGGCGAAGGGGAGGGAUCUGCAUCUGCCACCGAGGUCCCUGGACCUCUUCCCGUGGCUGGUCAACCUGCUGAGCCUCAGCCGGCCGGUGCUCCCUCUGAUGCUCAAGGGGACGUGACCAUGUCUGACGCUCCUGCUGAGGGUGGUCAAGCCGACGGUGAGGCCCAGCCUGCUGCCGAAGGUGCCGCCGAGGAGGGCAAGGAGGCCAAGCCUGCUGCUGAGCUCAAGUACCAAGCAUUCGCUACCAUCGGUAUCGCUUUGAUCGCUAUGGGCGAGGAGGUCGGCUCGGAUAUGGCUUUACGGCAAUUCCAGCACUUGAUGACUUAUGGCGACCCCAUCAUCCGCAAGACCGUCCCUCUCGCUUUGGGUCUUAUCUCCGCCUCCAACCCCCAACUGCCUAUCCUCGAUACCCUCUCGAAAUAUUCUCACGACUCUGAUCUCGAUGUGGCAAUCAAUGCUAUCUUGGCGAUGGGCCUUGUGGGUGCUGGUACGAACAAUGCUAGAUUGGCGCAGAUGUUGAGAGGAUUGGCGGUGUAUUAUGCCAAGGAGGCGGACUGUUUGUUCAUGGUUAGGAUCGCUCAGGGCUUUGUGCACAUGGGCAAGGGUACGAUCGGUAUCAACCCUUACUACAAUGACCGUCAAGUCAUGAGCAAGACUGCUGUUGCUGGUCUUCUUUCCGUCCUCGUCUCUUUCACCGACGCCAGGAAGUUCGUCUUGAGUAACUCUCACUGGAUGCUCUACUGGCUCGUCCCCGCCAUGUACCCCCAAUUCCUCAUCACCCUCAACGAAGAACUCGAAGAGGUCCCCAUCACCGUCCGCGUCGGCCAGGCUGUCAACACUGUUGCCCAGGCCGGUACACGACACGGUAUCAGUGGUUUCCAAACUCAUCAAUCACCGGUACGGAUCGCGACUACAGAGAGAGCGGAGUUGGGCACGAACGAGUUCUUCCCUUACCAGAGUGUGUUGGAGGGUUUGGUGAUCCUUAAAAAGAAUGAGGGAUUCAACGCUGAGGACAUCCACGCAUAG